UUACUACUAUAGUCCUCUAGUUGUAUCUCCGAGACAGCCACCAGAUUAGAAGGAAGAUAGUGCUCUCCGCCCAUCAACUUGUCAAUAAACUACGUCGGCAUUGAAAGUGGCUGUAGCAAACCAGAUACCCGCAGGACUCUGCCGACCCUUUCGGUUUCACAUUUCUCUCCCUGCCAAAAGUUGGGAGCUCCGAACGUACGAAAUCCGGUGGGACACCACGGGGAGGGCCCGUCUGUCAGCGAACCGGAGCAGUAAUAGCAGAUGUUAGAGAAGUUCAUCUCGCCUGGCGCAGUGGUCUCGUACAGCAAGGCAGGGGACCAGCCACGUGGAAGGUGACAGCACAGGUGACGGGUGUGCACAACAGCUACGUUGUUCGUCGUUUUUCUAGUCCGCGUUCCAAGGCAUGGAUAUGCAGGAGUAUAGACGAGUAGGCAAAGAGAUGGUGGAUUACAUCGCCGAUUAUCUGGAGAACAUCCGGUCUCGUCGUGUGUUUCCUGACGUCAAGCCAGGAUACAUGCGAAACCUGUUGCCUACCCACGCUCCACAGAAGGGGGAGCCAUGGACGGACAUCUUCCGCGACAUCGAAGAUGUCAUCAUGCCAGGGGUUACCCACUGGCAGAGCCCACACAUGCAUGCCUACUUUCCCGCCCUCCAUUCUCCGCCGUCGCUGCUGGGUGACAUGCUCGCAGAUGGAAUCGGCUGCCUUGGCUUCACUUGGGCAUCGAGCCCCGCAUGCACUGAGCUGGAAACCAUAGUGAUGGAUUGGCUGGCACAGAUGCUUGGACUCCCGGAUGAAUUUCUGCAUGUACGCUCAGUCUCCAAAGGUGGCGGAGUGAUCCAGACGACGUCCAGCGAAGCCACAUUCGUGGCUCUUCUCGCCGCGCGCACCGAGGCCAUUCGUCGUUGCCACGAAGGUUCCCUGGACCUCGAUGAUGCCGACCUUAAUGGGCGCCUGGUCGCCUACUGUUCUGACCAAGCCCAUUCUUCAGUUGAGAAAGCUGGACUAAUUGGGUUAGUGAAAAUGCACUACGUGGAAUCAGAUGAAAAUCUAAGUCUCAGAGGGCAUGACUUGAAAGAAGCCAUGGAUCGUGAUCGCGCUAAAGGCCUCCUGCCAUUUUACGUCUGCGCAACGCUUGGUACAACUGGGGCAUGCGCUUUCGACAACCUUCAAGAGAUUGGAGAAAUCUGCGCCGAAGAGCGCGUAUGGCUGCACGUAGAUGCAGCUUACGCAGGGUCAGCGUUCGUAUGCCCGGAGUUCCGCCAUUGGCUAAGAGGAAUCCAGUACGCUGACUCGUUCGCCUUCAAUCCUUCGAAAUGGCUCAUGGUGCAUUUCGACUGCACAGCAAUGUGGGUUAGAAAUAGCACCGCACUUCACCGUACGUUCAACGUCGAUCCUCUGUACCUACAACACGAAAAUUCAGGUCUUGCGGUGGAUUACAUGCAUUGGCAGAUACCGUUGAGCAAGCGGUUUCGAAGCCUCAAACUGUGGUUCGUACUCCGAACGUAUGGUGUUGAAGGUCUCCAGAGUCACAUACGAAAGGGUGUAGAAUUGGCGCAACUGUUCGAAGACCUCGUGCGCUCAGACAAGAGGUUUGAAAUCCCUGCCCCACGUCACCUGGGUCUAGUUGUCAUCAGGCUCAAGGGCCCCAACGCCUGGACAGAGAAGCUGUUGAAGCGCCUCAACGCAAAUGGCAAACUCCACUGCGUGCCAGCAGCAUUGAAGGGAAAAUAUGUGAUUCGCUUCACAGUCACGUCCCCACACACGACGGCAGAGGACAUCCGACGCGACUGGAGUGUUAUUCAAGCGACUGCUCUUGAUGUGGCCCCACACAAGGUCUCUCUAGCGGAGAUCAAGAAGCACGACCCGGACUUCGGCACCAGCCUCUUGCUCGCCAACAGUCCCAUGACGCCCAAGGUGGUCAACGGGAGUUUUGUUGCACUUUUUGAGGGUGACGACGCUCUUCGAGGCCUGCUUUCCCGCAUGGGGGAUCAGUUUGCCUUGACGACCAAAGACAGCCCUGCCCUCCGUCGACGUGUACGAGGUCUUAUGCUCAGUCAAAAGCAGUACAGUCUAGAUUCACGAAUGGACCUCAUGAGUAGCAUGGCGGCGUCCUCUCCAGGAGGUCGCCCUACCACCAAUGAUGAAGCUGAAGAUGAGGCUGAGGUGCACAAUGGAAAAGACACAACUCUUUCACAGACUAUCACAGAAGAUGACGAGGACCCUUUCAAGUUGAGCCAGAACGAACCGAAGUUGUCCAGCAAAAAUGAACAAGCGAGUCUCUCGGGGACCCGAUCGAAGUCGGCUCAGAAGCUCAGCGAAUAACUUUUCCUUCUUCCCUCAUGUAAUCCCGUUGCGUGUGAAAAUACAACCCCAGGACGGCA